UGACGUGUCCCUUGCAAUAUCCCUAUCGUUAUAUAUGCUGUGUGCCUUAUGAAAUGCUGGCAUCUGGAAAACCCACCCGCCCGACGCACCGUCAUCUCCAACCUUUGAAUGCCACCACAUUCCCGCCGCUCGGAACCGGUCGUGUGCCGUUGCGGGGGGCGGUGUGUACAGAGAAGCCAACAGAGCAGUAAGCGCAGCAGGAGCGUGGAAGAUGACAAGGAAGGUCACCUGGUGUGCAGGAUCGGCGAUUGGCUUCACGAGCGAUGUACAGCCACCUUUCGUAAAACUUUACCUCUCUACUUUCUAUCCCCGUGUUAGAGCAGAGCUCUCGUGUCCUACUCGACGGGGCUCUAGUCUUUUAUUGCUUGUAACUGGAGCGAGCAGUAAAUUGCCUCAGGCAGACGAUAGACACUUGAGUUUUAAAGAGUGUAGCAGUGAGAUGCUUUGGUUUGGCUUUGACGUGGUAUUGCUGGGAAGAUGCAGGACCUCAGCUCCCGGCCGGGCUCUCGCGUUCACGGCCGCUCCUGUUCUCUCUCCUAGAUGAGAUCGUCGGCAGCCUGGGCGAGGGCACGUUUGGCAAGGUGGUGGAGUGUGUGGACCAUGCCAGAGGCAAAUCCCAGGUGGCACUGAAAAUCAUAAAGAACGUUGGCAAGUACCGAGAAGCAGCCAGGCUGGAAAUCAAUGUCCUCAAAAAGAUCAAAGAGAAGGAUAAGGAGAACAAAUUCCUCUGCGUCCUCAUGUCAGACUGGUUCAACUUCCAUGGCCACAUGUGCAUCGCCUUCGAGCUGCUGGGCAAGAACACUUUUGAGUUCCUGAAGGAGAAUAACUUCCAGCCAUACCCUCUCCCUCAGAUCCGGCACAUGGCCUACCAGCUCUGCCAUGCCUUGAGAUUUUUACAUGACAACCAACUGACUCACACCGACCUCAAGCCAGAAAACAUCUUGUUUGUCAACUCGGAUUUUGACACUCUCUACAAUGAGAAAAAGAGCUGCGAGGAGAAAUCCAUUCGGAACACGAGCAUCCGCGUGGCUGACUUCGGCAGCGCCACCUUCGAUCACGAGCACCACACCACGAUCGUGGCCACCCGGCACUACCGUCCACCAGAAGUGAUCCUGGAGCUGGGCUGGGCGCAGCCGUGCGAUGUCUGGAGCACCGGCUGCAUCCUGUUCGAGUAUUACCGCGGCUUUCCGNNNNCGCAGACCCAUGAGAACCGGGAGCAUCUCGUCAUGAUGGAAAAGAUCCUUGGGCCAAUUCCAUCUCACAUGAUCCACAAAACUCGGAAGCAGAAGUAUUUCCACAAUGGAAACCUGGUUUGGGAUGAGAACACAUCUGAUGGGAGAUACGUCCAAGAGAACUGCAAGCCCCUGCGGACCUACAUGUUGCACGACUCGCUGGAGCACGCGCAGCUCUUCGACCUGAUGAGGAGGAUGCUGGAAUUCGAGCCUUCCCAGAGGAUCACGUUCUCGGAAGCCCUCCUGCAUCCCUUCUUCACCGGCCUCUCUGCAGAGGAAAGGAUGCUGUGCGGCCGCGGCGCCAGCCGGGACCUGAGCAGAUGA